GCUCCGCGGGGCGGGUGUCCCGGGGAUGCUCAGGGGGAGGCGGCCGAGCCCCCGGCGCCGGGCGGGCGCAGCCGCAGGGCCGCGGCGCGCUCGGCCUCCGGGGUCACCUUGGGCACGGCGCGGCUCGCCCCCGCCUCGGUGGCCGCGCUCCGCGGGCGGGAGGGCCCUGGGACGGCGGGCACGGCGCGGGGGCGCUCCCACGCCGCCGCCCUGUGAGGCCGGGCGCCGGCCGGGGGUACGCGGAGGCGGCCCCGCCGCAGCGGCAGGCGCGGAGACCGAGCGCAGCCGGCCCGGCGCUGCCCUCUGUGAGCCGCGGCAGGCGCCGCCCCAGGCUCCCGCAGCCCCGUCUCGCAGGCCGGCGGCCGGGACGGCACCCCCCCGUCCCUCGGCGGCAGCGGCCGCGGACAGCGGCGCCCCGCGCGCCCCCGGCAGGCGGCGUAGCAGGGAGGAGGCACCGCCCCGACCGUCAUUUCCGCCGUGUAUCGGGGUGGGGGAGGGGGGCAGAGCGCUCGCCUCCUCCUCCGCGGCGGCCGGAGACACAGAGACCCAGCGCGGGGCGAGGGGAGCUCAGCCGCCGCCGCGCCCGCGGGCCGCGCCGCCCCGCCAGCCGAGCCCUGUCCCGCCCGCCGCAGCCGCCCGGCAUCCUUCCCGCCGCCCCGGCCUGGCCAUGGGGAACGCAGCCACCGCCAAGAAGGGCAACGAGAUCGAGAGCGGAGUGACAAGAAACUGUCUGGCUCAAGACUUCAAAAUCACGGACAGGAUUAAAAUAAGAUUUUGCCAGCAUUCCAAAUUUUGCAUUGUAGUGGAUGAGAACGUGAAAGAGUUCUUAGCCAAAGCCAAAGAAGACUUUUUAAGAAAAUGGGAAAGUCCCCCUCAGAAUACUGCUGGCCUAGAUGAUUUUGAGAGGCAAAAAACCCUUGGAACAGGAUCAUUUGGGAGAGUUAUGAUGGUGAAACAUAAAGCCACAGAACAGUAUUAUGCUAUGAAGAUACUGGACAAACAGAAGGUUGUCAAACUGAAGCAAAUAGAACACACACUGAAUGAGAAGAGAAUAUUACAAGCAGUGAACUUUCCUUUCCUUGUAAAACUGGAGUAUUCUUUUAAGGACAAUUCUAAUUUAUACAUGGUAAUGGAGUAUGUUCCUGGUGGUGAAAUGUUUUCACAUCUAAGAAGAAUCGGAAGGUUCAGUGAACCACAUGCACGGUUUUAUGCAGCUCAGAUAGUGCUAACAUUUGAGUACCUCCAUUCAUUAGACCUCAUCUACAGAGAUCUAAAGCCUGAAAAUCUUUUAAUUGAUCAGCAAGGAUACAUCCAGGUCACGGAUUUUGGCUUUGCAAAAAGAGUAAAAGGAAGAACUUGGACGUUAUGCGGAACUCCAGAAUACCUGGCACCUGAAAUAAUUCUCAGCAAGGGUUACAACAAGGCAGUGGAUUGGUGGGCAUUAGGAGUGUUAAUCUAUGAAAUGGCAGCUGGAUAUCCCCCAUUCUUUGCAGAUCAGCCCAUUCAAAUUUAUGAGAAGAUUGUGUCUGGCAAGGUAAGGUUCCCGUCACACUUCAGUUCAGACCUUAAGGAUCUUCUAAGAAAUUUACUCCAGGUAGAUUUGACCAAACGAUAUGGAAAUCUCAAGAAUGGUGUAAAUGACAUAAAGAAUCACAAGUGGUUUGCAACUACAGAUUGGAUUGCCAUUUAUCAGAGAAAGGUAGAAGCUCCUUUCAUACCAAAGUGCAGAGGCCCUGGAGAUACAAGCAACUUUGAUGACUAUGAAGAAGAAGAUAUUCGUGCGUCUCUAACAGAAAAAUGUGCAAAAGAAUUUGCUGAUUUUUAGUAGGAGUAAGAGGACAAGAUGACAUCAGGGCUCACAUUGGGAUCUUUGCACUCUGUUAACAGAUGAGGUGGAGCUGAGACCAUCAUAUGUCAAAACAGUUACCUAGUUACUUCAUUCCACAAAGCUGACUGAGGUCUUUAUUGCCAUCUUCCAUGUGUGCAGUUUGCACCAACCCUUCUAACUAGGCACAAUUAAGCAAGCACUGUUUGUGCAGUAACACAGAAUAAUAGACCACUUUCCUGCUUAACUUUGGUUUCUGUCGUUCUUUGUUUCUGUGUAUUGUUCAUUUUCCCCCUUUAAAAUGAAGUAGUUUUUUACCCAAGAAUGCUCCAUUUUAUUUUGAAUAAUGUAUUAUUUGUGUGAGUGAAAUGGAAGGUGUUGCGGCUAGUGUGAUUUAGACUGAAGUGAAAGAUAAAUGUUGCUUCUAGUCUGUGCCAGCCAAUAAUUGUCUGUCUUGUGUCUGAUGCUACAAUUUAUAAUAAUUUUUUAGUAGCUCAGACUGAACCUAGCCAACAUUUUUAGCAUUUUUGAAGGUAGUAUUUAUCGCCAUAUAAAUGUCUGCUAAAUUAACUUAAAAACAUUUCUUCCUGGAGACUGACCAAAAUUCAGUAGAGUCAAUUGGAUGGCUUAAGUAGGGGACAGUAGCUAGACCCCGUGCCUUGGUUUUCUACAUCCCUGCAGUUUUCAUCACUGCCUCCUUCCUUUGUCUUUCCCACCUUGGCAGCAGGUCAAUUGCCAUAACCAGACUGUACCAUGGAAAGCUUACAGUCUUGUGAGAGGGAGUAAAUCCACCUGGUCUGGAUUUUGGACCAUAUUUAAUCAAGUCAACUUACCAGCAUUUCAGUUGGCAGGUAUGAAAUGGCUUUUUUAAGAACACGAACCCUAAACUCUUAAAGGAAGUUUUGGUCAGUAUUGUAGAGAAUAUGAUUCAUUUUGAUUCACUCUUUUUUUUCUUAAAAAAAAAAGCCAGUGUUUGGGCUCCCAACGUAUUCCUUGUUUUGAGCUUUUUUUGCUUAAAAAGGCAUCCAUUAAAAUAAAAACCGGCAUACCACAAAAAGCAAAAUGCGCUCUGUCGUUAGCUACGAAAAACAAAUGGUUUAGCAAAUGCAAAAUCAUUUUCUAGAUGCAUCGCUGGGUGAACACGGUUCUUUUUUGUUAGCUGUCAAGAAUAAGAGGUUAUUGCCAAGUUUUUAUUCUGGUAUACUAUAUUCGUAAACUGAGGAUGGAGUACUGCUACAAUCAUGUUCUUUUUAAUUACGGCACUUCAUUCAUGAAGAAAAGAGACAAAGUUUAAAAACUGCAACAGCUGGGUUUACUUUAGUUGCGUUGUGUCUUCAUUUCUAACCUACUUUCUUUCAAUCAAACAGAAUGUAUGGUCACACAGAUAUAAGUAUUUGGGCUUAAUUAUAUUUUGUAUACUCUCACCAACUGACUUAAAGGAUACUGCUACCAUGUGCUAGCUUUGGGCACUUCUACACAUUUAUUUCAAUGUUAAUAAUAAGUGGCUCAGCACUUUUUUGGGGGUUGCUUUUAACCUUAUUCAUAGUAGUUUUAUUUGUACACUUGAUUCUGGCUGUCUCGGUGACCUGUCUUACAACAGCACAUCUAAACAGUUUAAACUAGCCUCACAUUUUACGAUAAAUUUACAUGCAUACAAGGAUGAAUUGUUUUAAAAAAAAACAGAGCUAUAUUGAUGCAUAGCCAUUGUAUGUGUUUGAAUGUCAGUGCAAAUAAACCACUGGCGUUCCUUCCUUUUAACCUGUUUGGACUCCUUUCAGAAAAGCCUUUGUAGACAUUUUACAAAAGAGUAUGAAACGUACCAUCCAACAUUCUGUAUGUUUAGGUUGUUGAGCAUUUUUGCACAACGUCAUUAGGAGGCUGACACUGAAUGCAGUCUUUGUCCACCCAUAUUUACAUAUGUGCAAGAAAAGUAUAAGAUACUUUGCUGUAGCAAAUUUUAUGUAACAAAGAUAUAUCGUCACAUUAAUAAAUUUAAAGAAAUCCUUUGUAUGAAAAUGUUAAAAUCUUUUGUAUUUCAUUUAGACCAAGGACAUGCUGCUGUAUGCUAGCUGUAUGCGAUAAAUUCUACAGUAACUUUGUUGUCGUUUAUGAACUUUAAAAGAUUUUAAUAAAUGUUGGAGAUCACAAGUUGAUUCUGUUAUGAUUUUAAUUUUUAAUCAUUAGAUCUACAAUUCUAGUAAGGCUCAGAGAUUUUUGUUUUGUAAAAUACUGUAAUCAUUCAUCUUGCGUGUACAAUAAGACGAAAGUCUAGGAAAUUGGUUCUGACGUGUCUGUCUGAUAACCAGAUUAAAUUCUACGUGGGCAUAAGUGGAAAAGUCAUCUUGAUGCCAUGAUAUUAUGCUAUUUUUUAAUUUUAUGAAAAUCCUGUUAGAAAGUAAAAUACUUGUCCAAUAUGGCAUAAUAGACUUCAGUAUGGAAAUGAGAUUCUAUUUUGGAAAAGGAGGGGAAGUGUGCAAUUUCCAAGGCAUUAGUGAGUACAUUUGACAAUGUGAGUAUUAUACAGCCCUCUCAUUUAAACACAGUCAUAAAAUAUAACUACAGAAUAUUAUGUUACCUGUAUUUAAUUUGAAAAGUUCUUUUCACAAUAUGGAAAAAUUGUAUAUCUAUGACAGUAGAAGCUUGUUAAUUUUACACAUUUGAGGAAUUAAGUGUUGAACUACAUGGUAUAUUUUAAUUGUACUCUAGUUGUAUGUAACUUUCAUUUCCAACAUAAAGGAUUGUAUCUCAUUAAGUAAAUUGCUUUUUUAUUAUCUUGUCAGUUGCAUUAAAACCCUUAUUUUUAAA